CUUCAUACACCGAGUCGGCCUGACUGGGAAGCUACUGCCAGGCCAACCAUGACUUCAAUUCCGGCUCCAAGAACCGAGUCCACUCACCAUCGACUCUUCGAGUUCGCAAAAACUGCCCUCAUCAAGAUCUUCGUCUCUCCCUACGCCACCGUGUGCGAUCUCUACGCCGGAGCAGGAUCCGACGCAGACAAGUGGGACGAAGCUCAAAUCGGUCACUACAUCGGAAUCGAUGUUUCAAGUUCUGGACUAAGCCACACUAAGGAGGUUUGGGAGAGUCAGAGGAAGUCUUACAAUGCUGAUUUUUAUGAACUAGAUCCUUCCAUGGAAAAUCUAGAAUUAAAUUUGCAGGACAAGUGCAAUACUGCUGAUGUUGUUUGCUGCUUGCAGCAUUUACAGUUGGGUUUUGAAAACGAAGAUAAAGGAAGAAGACUUCUACAUAACGUGGCAUCUUUGCUGAAACCAGGGGGUUACUUUUUUGGCAUUACACCUGACUCAUCUACCAUAUGGGCAAAGUACCAGAAGAAUGUUGAAGCAUACCACAACAGAGGCAGCAGCAUGAAGCCGAACAUUGUUCCAAAUUGCAUUCGAUCAGAGAGCUAUAUGAUCACUUUUGAAGUUGAAGAAGAGAAGUUUCCAUUUUUUGGAAAGAAAUACCAGCUGAAAUUUGCCAAUGAUACUUCUGCCGAAACUUAUUGCCUGGUUCACUUCCCAAGCUUGAUCAGGUUGGCCAGGGAGGCAGGUCUUGAGUAUGUGGAAAUUCAGAACCUGACUGACUUUUAUGAUGAUAACAGGGCACAAUUUGCAGGCAUGCUGCUUAAUUCUGGUCCGAAUCUGGUGGAUCCUAGAGGGAGACUUCUUCCUCGAUCAUAUGAUGUAUUAGGUCUAUACACCACAUUUAUAUUUCAAAAGGUUGACCCAGACAUUGUUCCUCCACUUACGAGCCCCUUUAUUAUCAAGGAUGGAAGUCACAAUUAUGAGGAGAGAGAAUGGCAAGGCGCUAACUGGAGAGAUGAGGAGAUGAAUGGGCAAACAGAGCCGCCUCAUGGACUAGGGAAGAUAUCUGAACAAAAGGGCAUAUUGGGUCCAGGGCCAGCUGAUCUACGCUUCUCAGAAGCAUUCUGAACAGGAGGUGGCUUACAUGGAAGAGGGACAUGUCUCAGGAACGUGAAGCACAUUGUGGCAUGUUAUUGUAAACUAUUCCUGUGUUAAUGUUACUGGAGGGUUGCCUGUUUGUUCACUUAUUCAGGUAGUUUGUAAAUGAAAGCAGAACAUUUUUUAAUAUAAACGGGACUACAUAUAUAAUCUGUCUGAAAAAGAGCUAUAGAUUACAGCUCUCAGAUUUGGUGGGUAAUAAUUUCCAAUUUUUAAGUU